ACAGAUUGAAAUCACAGUACCAGCCAAGGCAGAACCCGGCGAAGUGGUCAACUUGUCAGUAAAGACCGAUCCCCAUUCCUUCGUAGGACUUUUAGGAGUCGACCAGAGUGUUCUGCUUCUAAGGUCCGGAAACGACCUCAGUCAGGAUCGCAUCUUUGAUAAUCUCAGCAAUUUCGCAUCGAACGGCCUGGUAACCCUGACCAAUGCACACAUAAAGGAUGAAAGCGCGGAUCUAGAUGCACUUACUUAUUUUGAGACGUGCGGACUCGGCAGUCGUACUGCAGCAGGCACCACUCCGAAGCCAGGUAAGAUAGUUCCAGCCAGUUUAAGCUAUAACUAAUAUUUCCAAUAACCAGGCAAAAAGUCACCCAUUCCAAAGGAUGUACUAUCGACCAAACCCGAAUUUACACCCCCACCAAUUCGUCAGGAGUUCCCUGAAACCUGGCUCUUUGCGAAUAUCACCGACGUUGGGCCAAAUGGAGCAGUGCUGAGUAGCAAGAUCCCCGACACGAUGACCUCCUGGGUCAUUACUGGCUUCUCCCUGAACCCCAAUUCCGGAUUUGCCAUGACAAAGAACCCCUCUAGAAUUCGCGUGUUCCGGCCGUUCUUCAUAUCCACCAACCUGCCGUAUUCCGUGAAACGAGCCGAGAUCAUAGCCAUUCCGGUGGUGGUUUUCAACUACCUGGACAGGCAGGUGGAGGCCACCGUGUGGAUGGAUAACUCGGAUCAGGAGUACGAUUUCUCCGAGGUCGUAAGUGAUAAGCAGGCGAGGGAUGUGCCACAGGCUCGCCGUUUCAAGCGACUCACGAUUCCCGCCAACACCGGAAGAAGCCUCUCCUUCAUGAUUCGUCCCAAGAAAGUCGGCCUAACUGCGCUGAAGAUCACCGCCCAGUGUCCUUGGGCUCAGGACACCAUCCAUGAAAACUUGAGAGUGGAGGCCGAUGGUGUGACUAAGUACGUUAACAAGGCCAUUCUGAUCAAGGCCAAUCGCAGGCAUAGCCGCAGUGUGGGAGCUUGGGAGAGUUUGGGAGAGCCCGAAAAAUCCAUUGAGGUCGAGAUGCCACCGGAUGUGGUACCAGGUUCCGAAUCCACGAUAUUCUCAGUGGGCGGCGACAUUCAGGCUCCCAAUCUGGAGCACAUAGACGCCCUGGUUAACCUGCCCUCCGGCUGUGGAGAACAGAACAUGAUAAACCUUGUGCCUAACAUCAUGGUUCUUCGCUUUCUGGAAGCCACUGGCCGCAAGGAUUUCGCCAUUGAGAAGCGGGCCAGGGGCUUUUUGGCCACCGGCUACCAGACCGAGCUGACCUACAAGCAUGGCGACGGCUCCUACAGCACUUGGGGACCCAGUGAUUCCCAGGGUAGCACUUGGCUCACCGCCUAUGUGAUCCGCUCAUUCCACAUGGCCAAAAAUUUCAUACACAUUGACUCAAGUGUCCUAAAGGACGGACUGCGUUUCCUGGCAUCCAAACAAAGUGGAAACGGCGAGUUCCCAGUAAAUGGCGUAUAUUACGAGGAAAUGAAGAAACCCCUGGCCUUCACCUCCUAUAUUCUGCUCACCUUCUUCGAGAACGAGGAAUACCUGUCGCAAUACCAGUAUGUGAUUGACAAUGGAAUGCGUUAUGUGGCCAGCCAAGUGGACAACACCAAUGAGCCGUUGUCUUUGGCUUUAGCUGCUCUGGUCUUAUCACUGGCCCAAAACCCAAAGGCCGGUGAUGUCCUAACCCGACUGGAGGGCAUGGCCAGGACUAAGGAGAACUUGAAGUGGUGGUCCAAGCAGCCGGACUCCGUGGGAUACAGGGACGUGGAGCUGACCGCCUAUGUGCUGCUUGCCAUGCUGGAGAACGGAUUCACGGAGGAGCCCCUGCCCAUCAUCGAGUGGUUGAAUGGCCAGAGGAACAGCAACGGCGGCUUUGGCUCCACACAGGAUACGGUUGUGGCCCUGCAGGCCAUCACCAAGUUCUCAACGGAAAUCGCUUUGCCCCCCGGCGAUAUGGAUGUUACGUAUCGGUAUAAGGAAGACGGACCGGUAUCUAAAAUAAGAGUCAAUCGCGACGAGGUGGGCAAAAUGCAUUAUCAAGAGCUGCCGAAGAAUACCGCCCAGGUUUAUGUCUCCGGCAAGGGAACCGGAGUAUCAUUUGUCCAGCUCUCUUAUCGCCAUAAUGUGGCCACCAAGGAGGCGCAGCCCAGCUUCAAAGUAACCACCACCGUCAAGGACUCGACCAACAAGCAUCUCAAGCUGCAGGUUUGCGCUGAAUACACUCCCCUCGAGGCAGCUGACAGGGGAAAACCCUCCAACAUGGCGCUCAUGGAGAUCCAGCUGCCCUCUGGCUUUGUUCCCGCAUCCGAGGACCUCGACAAGAUCCGCUCCUUUGCCGGCGUCAAGCUCGUCGAGACCAAGAACGAGGACUCCAUGGUGGUGGUCUACUUCGACAGCCUGACCAAGGGUGACCCCAAGUGCGUGACCGUGACCGCAACUCGUGCCCAUGCGGUGGCCAUGCAGAGGCCAUCCUACGUCAUCGUCUACGACUAUUACGUCAAGGAGCGAAGGGCCACCCAGUUUUACCAGGUGGAGUCCUCCCUGUGCGACAUCUGUGAGGGCGAGGACUGCGGGCGCAGGUGCUAAGAGAGUCGAUAUUGGAUCAGACCAUAAGAGAAACUCAAACUAAAGGUCCUUGAAAUUAUUAACAUGUUUAACUAACUAGAAAAACAUGAAUAAAAAACUUAAGAAUAUUUAAAGUGGUUUCAAUUAUAAUAACACAUAUUCCUCCUAGAAAAAGUAAAGAAAUA